GCUGCGCGCGCGGAGGCCUCUGCUCGGCUCCGCGACGCGCCUGAGACUCGCCCGAGCCGCUUCGUGCGCCCGAGGCCCGCGCUUCCCUUGCCGCUCGCGCGCUGCUGGGCGGCCAUGCCGACGGGGGACUACGACUCCAAGCCCAGUUGGGCAGACCAAGUGGAAGAGGAAGGGGAUGAUGAUAAAUGCAUCACCAGUGACCUGCUCAAGGACAUCCCCCUGAGUGGAGUGCUGGGUGGAGGUGGAGGUGGAGCUGUAAAUGUAACUGUAAGCAUUGAGCCUGAGCUUGUGAAAGGAGAACCUCUCCCAUCACCCAAGGAGCUUGUGAAUGGAAACAUCAAAACAGUGACUGAGUACAGGGAAGAGGAGGAUGGCCGCAAGGUGAAGAUUAUCCGCACCUUUCGAAUUGAGACCCGGAAGGCCUCAAAGGCUGUGGCUAGGCGAAAGAACUGGAAAAAAUUUGGAAAUUCUGAGUUUGAUGCCCCUGGUCCAAAUGUGGCCACUACCACUGUGAGCGAUGAUGUGUUCAUGACUUUCAUCACCAGUAAGGAGGACUUGAAUUGCCAAGAGGAGGAGGACCCCAUGAACAAGCUGAAAGGGCAGAAGAUUGUGUCGUGCCGUAUCUGCAAGGGCGAUCAUUGGACCACUCGCUGCCCAUAUAAGGACACCCUGGGACCUAUGCAGAAGGAGCUGGCAGAGCAGCUGGGGCUCUCCACAGGCGAGAAGGACAAACUGCCAGGAGAACCAGAACCUGUUCAAGCCCAGCAAAGCAAGACUGGGAAGUAUGUCCCACCCAGCCUGAGAGAUGGAGCCACGCGCAGAGGGGAGUCCAUGCAGCCUAACCGUAGAGCCGAUGAUAAUGCCACCAUCCGAGUCACCAAUCUGUCCGAGGACACCCGAGAGACUGACCUGCAGGAACUGUUCCGUCCUUUUGGGUCCAUAUCCCGCAUCUACUUAGCCAAGGACAAAACCACUGGCCAAUCCAAGGGCUUUGCCUUCAUCAGCUUCCAUCGCCGAGAAGAUGCUGCUAGGGCCAUUGCAGGGGUAUCUGGCUUUGGCUAUGAUCACCUGAUCCUAAAUGUGGAAUGGGCCAAACCUUCCACCAACUGAGGCUUCCUGUCCGGCAUUUGUCUUUGGAAAUUGCCCAGUUUUGCUCUUCACUGGAAAUAAUAGUCACUAAUAAAGGUUCCUUUCAGUCGC